CUUCUUUCUUUCUUCCUCAUUUUCCUCAAACAUCUACAUUAGUAAGGUUUGAAACUGUGAUCUGAAGCUUCACACUCACCACCCAUUCUACUAAACUUCCAAGCCACCAAUUAGGACAAUCAAGUUUCUCACAUCAGAGACAGAAUAUAUUUAUACGAGGUGUGAGUGGUGCAUCCACUUUCAAAUGGGUGUAGUGAGGGGGGUGAUAUUGGAUGAAUCAGUAUUCUUGGCUGAAGGUGGUGAUGAUAAAAAUGUAUCUUCCCUACGGUUAGGAGUUGAGUCUCUCAUCCGAAUACUCUUCCUGUCCAGAAUCCAUAUGGGAAUUUCUUAUGGUGUGGGCCUUCCGGAUGACAAGGUGAGUAUUCUUAAAAGAAUUGCUAGUUUGUACUCGCUUGAUUGCUUUAUCUUAAAUGAUCCUGUAAGUGAGGUUAUGCCCGGAUGGAGUAACACUGAUGAUGGCAGCAUUAUUUAUCUGGUUUCUAACAAGAAGGAAUUGUUACCUAAAUUAAGUAGCUAUAAUUGGUUGAUUGUUGUUCUGAAUGUUGGAGGUGAAAGUUCAUGUGACACUCCAAAUAUACUUCAGAUUGAAAAUUUAGAAGAGUUGCCAUUGAUCAUGUGCAACUUAAAUAAAAGGUCAAUUGGGACCAAUGCCGUGACUGUGGGCUAUAUAAUGAAGCCUUCUCGUGUGGAAGAUUUUGCAAAGAGGGGUGCAUUCCCUUUGUGUCCUACUCAAAAUGGGUUGAUGUUCAUACCUCUCUCAUCCAAGCUGCCUUUAUCAUCUCAAUUAAAGGAUGUUGACAUAGUUCUCCAUAAAGCCACUGAUGAAAUAUUAUCUAUUGAAGAGAAUAAACUUACUUUUACACAGAACAUGCAAGAACUGCAAAGAUAUUUGGAUCAGCACCGGGAUUGCUGUGUGAUUGACCCGCUGAGUAACAUUUAUACUUUAUUGGAUCGGCUAGAAAUUCAACAAGUUCUACUUGACUUGGUAGAACUGAACACUAAAGGCAGCUAUUUGAUCAGAGGGGCCCAUUUUCUUAAGGUUGAUAAUUUUGAUGAAUUUAAUUUUGUGACUGGAUUAACUGAAGCUAGAUUGUCUCUUCCAUGUAUAGUGAAACCCAAAGUUGCUUGCGGUGUCAGUGAUGCACAUAAGAUGGCAAUUGUUUUCAGAGUUAAUGAUUUUAAGAAUUUAAGAGUUCCUCUUCCAGCUGUUAUUCAGGAAUAUGUGGAUCAUUCAUCCACUUUGUACAAAUUUUAUGUCUUGGGUGAACAAAUUUUCUAUGCUGUCAAGAAGUCAAUUCCAAAUGCUGAUAUUUUGAUGAAAUUAUCUAAUGGUGAUGACCUCAAACCUAUAGUGUUUGAUAGCUUAAAAUCUCUACCCACCGCUGACAGCGUCAAUGAUUCUGGAGCCAGUAACCAUGGCAUGACAAGGAAUGAGUCUAUUGACCUUAAGCUGGUUACAGAUGCUGCAAAUUGGCUUAGGAGAAGGCUUCAACUUACUAUCUUUGGUUUUGAUGUUGUAAUUCAGGAUGGCACUCAUGACCAUGUAAUUGUGGAUGUAAACUAUCUCCCAUCAUUUAAGGAAGUACCUGAUGACAUCUCUAUACCUGCCUUCUGGGAAGCCAUUAGAAAUAAGUUUGAUUGUUGGAUGUCUAAAUAAGAAUUUUGUUUGAACUUUGUGACUAUUUGACAAGGUAUUGUAUGCCAGUGAUUGCAUCAGACCAUUGAUCAAGCACUCGACCGUAUCAAGCUGGAAAUGAAGUUGAAUAACUCAGUCUUGCAUAUUUGAAGUUUGAAAUACUUUAACACUCGUUAAUACUAUAUAUUUACUGUAAUGUUUCUUUUGCUUCCUCUUUGCAAAAGUGCAAGGGUAAGGCUGCUAACGAAUGAUCCUCAUUUUUACCCUCGUAACUUGGGGAGUCUUGUACACCGGGAUUUGUCCUAUUUAAUGUUCCUUCUACUAUUUGGCGUUAUAUUACUUCACAAGAAAUUAUUAGCUAGGCACUGCCUAUUAUAGGCACUUAAAUUAACUGUUGACAUGUAUAAAGUUAUGUGAGUUUUACUAGAAAGACACUUAUCUCUAAAAGAUAUUCUUGCACAUGUCAAUGGAUGGUAUGAGUGCCUGUCAUGAACACAAAUUUCUUCUUGUUUAAUGUCUCAUCUUAAGGAUAGUUUUAUACUCGCAUUGUUAUGUGGACACAUGCAAGACAUUUUACUUAUGAGGAGGGAGAAACUUCACUUUUCUGGAAGAAAAAUUCUUUAUGCAAAUCUCUUCGGAACACAUCAUUUUACAUGUAAGUUAUGUAAACUUAUAAAGUGUAGAUAUGUAGAAA